AUGAUUCAUGACUGGGACCUACUCAGUCCAACUCAGUGUUAAACAACACAGGGCUUUGAACAGAAAGAACAAUCGCUUUGUUUCUUUUCUCCGCAAAGCAAUGGCUGUGCUGUGUGAUUACAGUGAAGCACACAGACACCGCCCCAUAGUAAAACAUUCCCUGCACACAGUUAACCCUUUGAUCGACCCUCAUGUUAACCCCUUCCUGCCCAGUGCCAUUAGUACAGUGCUUUUUUUUAGCACUGAUCACUGUAUUGGUGUCACUGGGCAUGUCAGUGACAUGAUGUCAGUUCCCCCCAGUGUCAGAAUGUCCGCCGCAGUCCCACUAGAA